AUGAGGUUCCAAUGCUGCUGCCCGCUGCUGCUGCUGCUGCUGCUGCUUCAUUGUUAUGACUGGAUGACGGGUGCUGUGUGUGGCAUAAGUCCUUAUAUAAGGCAUUAUGAGGGACUGUCCUAUGAUCGGGAGGACCUCCACAGGAGACAGCUGAGGUCCAAGAGAGAAGCACAUCCACAGGACCACACACUGCAGCUCAUCUUCACAGCUUUCUGCAGAAAAUUUCGGCUGCGCCUGAGGCGAGAUACCACGGGGUUAUCGGAUCAUUUCACGGUGGUCGGUGAAAAUGCCUCUACAGUAGCCGACCUGUCUCAUCUGUACUCAGGAGAGCUAGAGGGAGAACAGGAUUCAUCAUGCCAUGGCUCAGUGUUACAGGGCCAGUUUGAGGGCUCCAUCCACACAGACAAUGGGACAUAUUACGUAGAGCCAGUCGACAGAUACACCAGCGGGCAGACAGAUCACCACUCUAUAAUCUACCACGAAGAUGACAUGGUCCUUCCCUCUAUGGAAACCAGACUUGGUAGAUUCUGUGGUGAAGACCGUCUACAGCUGCUCACCCAGAAUCUUUUACCCAAUAAAGUAGGACAUCAUGUUCCUGCAUACUGUGACCCCCUCAAACAUCAUCCACAGGUGGCACCAGCGAGCCGGUCAAAGAGAACCAUCGACAAAUCAAAGACCAGUUGCUUUCUCCAUCUCCAUGCUGACCACCUCUACUUCAGCAAGUUCAGAUCUGUUGAGGCUGUCGUGGCUCAGGUGGCCUCUUACAUGCGAGCUGUGAAUGACAUCUAUGACAAAGUGGACUUUAAUGGAAUCAAGCUGAUCAACUUCCAAGUAAAAUCCCUCAGUGUGAUUACUGAGGAGAAUAAGAAGGACCCUUUGCAUCAUCCAUUCAUAGGGCCAGAGAAGCUACUGAGUCUAUUCUCAGAGAACAACUGGGGGAACUACUGUCUGUCCUACCUGCUCACCAACAGAGACUACAGCGGGGUGUUGGGGCUCGCCUGGGAGGGCAAGUCUGGUAACUGGGGAGGCAUUUGUUCUCGGCACACAACCCUACGUGGCGGACGUCACUCCAGCCUGAAUACAGGCCUGGUCACCCUUCAGAACUAUGGACAGUACCUGCCAUCCCGACACGUCCAGCUGACUCUGGCCCAUGAACUGGGCCACAGCCUCGGAUCACCGCACGAUGAGGGCUCCAACUGUGGCGACCUUGGUUCUAGCGGAGGCAAAGGCAGGUACCUGAUGUACCCUCAUGCCACUGAUGAGGUCCGGGAGAAUAACGAUAAGUUCUCCCCCUGCAGCAUUGAUCACAUCAGCAAGCUGCUCAGCCUGAAGAAAGACGACUGCUUUGUGGUCAGUGAUCAGCCUAUCUGUGGGAACCAGAUUGUAGAGGAAGGUGAGGAGUGUGACGUUGGUCAUAAUGACUCAGACCUCUGCUGCUACAGUGCUACAGAACCAGUGGGCACCCAGUGUCAUUUGAAGCCCGGUAAAGUCUGCAGUCCCAGUCAGGGCCUGUGCUGUGGCCAGGGCUGUGAGUUUAAGCUGGUCGGGGAGAGCUGUGGUGAGGAGACGGACUGUCAGAGGCAAAGUGUGUGUUCAGGCAUAUCACCAUUCUGCCCUGAGCCCGGCCCAAAGGAGAACCUCACCAUCUGCAGUCUGGGGACACGUGUCUGCAUCAACGGGCACUGUGCUGAAUCUCUGUGUGUGAAGCAUGGCCUGCAGCAGUGUGACUGUCCAGGAGAUUCUAUGAAGGAGAAAUGUCACAUGUGCUGCCAGCAGCCCGAUAAGCCUGAGACAUGUGCCAGUACCACGUCGUCCGUCCUCUCCCAAAACUUCCAGAGGAGGCGCGUGGCCCUGGUGGCUGGGGCGCCAUGCUCAACAAACAGGGGGUACUGUGAUAAAUUCAACCUGUGUCGCCUGCUUGAUGCAGACGGACCCAUUGCAAGGCUGAAAAACUCCUACCUUAACCUGGAUGACUUUGAGGACCUGGCAGAGUGGAUGAAGGCUUACUGGUGGGCUAUUCUCCUGGCUAUCCUGACUCUGUCUGCAGUGAUGGGCUGUACUGUCUGCCUCUUUGGUCGAACCCUGGACAUGAGCAACUUGGACUGA